AUGUUUCGGAAGAAAUAUAAAGGGUUACAUAUACUGUCGAAACAUGAGAAAAAGGAAAAUUCAUCAAAAAAUUCUGUAACUGCUGAUAUUGAAACGUUCAGAAAAUGUGAGGGUAAAGGUGCACUAAAUAAAUGGUUUUUGUUCCCUAAAAUUUUUAUUGUUGCACUUUUAAUAUGGAAUCUACAUUGCACCUCUGAUGAAUCGUGCGAUUGGAGUAAUGGCCUGCGGAAGAACCCUCCCAGCAGUGGUCAUCGAAUGUUAGCAGAAACUGAGUACAUUGAGAGAAUCAACCAUGGUGAUAAUCCUGCCGUGGGUUUCUCUCGUAAGCAAUACCUCCGGGAAAGUAAUAUAAAAUCCAGGUUCAGCAAAUUAGCAACGAAAUUAAAUGGUGAGGAGGAAAGAAAGAGUGAUAAAAUGAACUCAAAUCACAGCACAGUGAAGGCAAAGUUUAAGAACCACUUUCUAAAAAGGGAAAAGAGAACAAAUCGAAUGAAUAGAAAGGAAAAUACCAACAUUUAUGAUAAUGUUCAGGACAUUUAUGACGUAUAUAAUUAUAUUAAUAAUAACUUGAAUUCCUACCAGGAAAACGAGCUUUUUAUUUUCCAUAAAAAUAAUGCAGAUGUGGAAAGGACGGGAAAGGAUAAAAAUGGAAACGUUAGUAGUGAACUACGCGAAAAUUACGAUGAGCAGGAGGAAGAAAAUGAACCUGAUAAUUAUGAUCCCAACGAAAAGGAUGAUUUAGGUAAGGAUGAGGAGGGCGAUCAAGACGGCAAGGGGGAAGAUAAGAAAGGGGGCAAAGAAGAAGGUAAGGAGGGAGACCAGGGAGGAGAUGCGGGAAAAGAAGACAACAGGGAAGAAGAUAAGGGGGAAGGAGAUAAGGGGGAAGGAAAUAAGGAGGAAGGAGAUAAGGGGGAAGAAGAUAAGGGGGAAGAUGAUAAGGACGGCAAGGACGAUAAAGAUAAGGGUAAAAAGGAUAAAGAUGAUGAUGACGACAAGGAUGAUGACGAAGAAGAUGAGGACGAUGAAAAAAAAAAAGCAAAAGCAGAAGAAGAAUUCGCAGAAAAAAACUCGGUAAAAUAUGGAUGUCCAUUUAUGGGUGAUAAUACAGGAAAGGAAGGAUGUCCGAUUAAGGAAGACUGCAUAGAAAAGGGUGACUCUACAGUAAAAUAUGAAUGUCAAUCCAAAGAUCAGGAUGCAGAAAAAGACGAGUGCGCCAAAACAGGCAAGUGUUCAAAAAAGUAUGGAUGCCCUUUUAAAGAGCAGAAUAAGGAAAAUGAAGGAUAUCCAUGUAAAGGUGAGGGUGCAGAAAAAGAGGAUUCUGUCGAAUUCGAAAGAUGUCCAUUUACUGGUAUAUGUUUAAAAAAGUAUGGAUGUCAAUCCAAAGAUCAGGAUGCAGAAAAAGGGGACUGUACAGAGAAAGCAGAAUGCCCAUAUAAGGGUCAGGGUUCCGUGAAAGGGGAAUGCCCAUAUAAGGGUCAGGGUGCCGUGAAAGGGGAAUGCCCAUAUAAGGAUCAGGGUGCCAUGAAAGGGGAAUGCCCAUAUAAGGAUCAGGGUGCCAUGAAAGGGAAAUGCCCAUAUAAGGACCAGGGUGCCAUGAAAGGGGAAUGCCCAUAUAAGGACCAGGGUGCCGUGAAAGGGGAAUGCUCAUUUAAGGGUCAAGGUGAAAAGAAAUCUUCUUGUCCAUUUAAAGACCAGUAUAAGGAAAACAAGGACUGUGUAGAAAAAGAGGGUUUCCAGGAAAACAAAAAAUGCCCAUUUACAGGUGAAUGUAUGAAAAAAUAUGGAUGCCCAUAUAAAGAUCAGGGCAUGGGAAAAAAAGAGUGA